ACCGUUCGUCGUUUCCUUCGCGCGGACAGGGGAAACAUCUCGAAGGCGAAGAAGCGUUUGGAAGAAACUUUAAAGUGGCGCAUUGAUGUCCAGCCCCAGACGAAAAUGUGUUCAACCUGUUUAAAUGAAGAUCUUCGUUCGCAUUAUAUGCAACAUGUUGGCUGGGACAAGCGAGGCCGCGCUUUGGUAUAUUCCGACAUCGGCAUGGCACGCGACAAGGGUCACAAGUCCAAUGUUGAGCACUGUAUUCAGGUUCUUGAGCUUAUGGAGCCUAUUCUUCCUCCCUUUCCAAACGAUCAGUAUAUAUGGGUGGUGGAUUUUCAUAAGUUCUCAAUAUCGGACAUGAAUCCAAAGAUGGCUAUUGCUUGCUUGAAACUUUUCGGUCGCAGCUACCCUGAAAGACUUGGGCAAAUGAUCCUCGUGGGUGCACCUCGCGUAUUUAACGGGUUUUUUCGUGCAGUUUCACCUUUCGCAGACCCAGUCACAGUGAAAAAGGUGCGCUUCAUC